AGGUCAGCAAACAGAACCUCCUAGUAGCUCUUAUGUCUUCAGGCUUCCGCUAUAACUUGAGAAGACUGGCCCUCCAAAGCCUUCUCUUUUCUCCUCCAAUUCGACAAAUUUGACGCUAUUCCGCAUUUUAUUCAGAUCCAUUCCCCCUCGUUCGCAGCUUUCCGCGUGAAGGUACGAGCAUUUUAGAGCAGGUCAGGGAUUUUUUUUUAUUUUUUUUACGCUUGAUUUGAUGCCUAAAAUGGCCAAGAAUCUGGGCCUUGAUUCGGAGACGAGUUUCUGAUUAAUUCGAAUUGGCUGCUCCGGAUAAGGUGACCGGUUGUUUAGCUCCGGAAGUCCGGAUGAAGUAUUCCUCGCUGCAAAUCGGUUGAAUUGAAGCGGAAUUAGCGGUUGUCCAACCGCUAACGCCCGGACAGAGAAGAAAAGGUAUCCGCUUGGGAAGGCUAAUCCGGAAGCAAUCGCGGCGAUCCGUCGUCGUUGAAUCGCUUCGAGAGUUUUGGCAUUUCUUCAGCGUGGCAUGGGGGCGGGGGCGUCGAGCAUGAUGGGACCGGAGGGGUACGGCCGGGGAUGGGGGCAGACGUCGCUGGGCGACAUGCCGGAGAGCUGCGUCGCGGCGGUGCUGCUCUACCUCGACCCGCCGGAGAUCUGCAAGGUCGCCCGCCUCAACCGGGCGUUCCGGGGCGCCGCAUCCGCGGACUGCGUCUGGGCGGCCAAGCUCCCCGCCAACUACCGGUACCUCGCCGCCCUCGCCGCCGCUGCCGACGACGACAGCGGCGGCGACGGCGCCACGGAGGGGAAUGGCAGUCGCUGCUCCUCCGCAGCCAUGAUCAAGAAGGAGAUAUACGCACGCCUGUGCCGGCCCACCCCAUUCGAUGGGGGCACCAAGGAAUUUUGGAUGGAGAAGAACAAGGGUGGUCUUUGCAUAUCCAUUUCCUCAAAGGCUAUGGCAAUCACAGGCAUAGAUGAUAGGAGAUAUUGGAGUCACCUCUCCACAGAGGAGUCCAGAUUCCACCAUGUCGCGUAUCUUCAGCAAAUAUGGUGGCUUGAGGUGGCUGGGGAAAUUGAUUUCUGCUUCCCUGCUGGUUCAUACAGUCUUUUCUUUCGGCUCCAGUUGGGCCGACCGCACAAGUACAUGGGCCGCCGAGUCUAUGGCUAUGAGUCAAUCCACGGCUGGAACAUUAAACCGACAAGGUUUCAGCUUUCAACUUCAGAUGAUCAGCAAGCUACGUCGCAAUAUUAUCUGAAUGAGCCAGGAAACUGGAUCCUUUACCAUGUCGGGGACUUUGUCGUAUCAAGUUCAGAUCAGUUAACCAACCUUAAGUUCUCCAUGAUGCAGAUUGAUUGUACCCAUACAAAAGGCGGUCUAUGCGUUGAUUCUGUUUUUAUAUAUCCCAAGGGUCAUCGACAUGAGGACUGCACAAUCUGCAAGUAAAUUUUGGAAAGCCACUGGAUCCCGUUCUCCUUUUUCCAGGUCAUUCCUGUCCAAAAGCUCAAUGUAUAUAUCCAAACUUCCCACAGAAAAAAUUUUUGUAUGGGCGUGAAGUCUUGAUCGAUAUUCUUUGUAGUGUUAGCUAAAUCAGCAGGAAGAUUAUAGAUGUAGGUAGUGAGUUAGGCAUGAGUGCUUCUGUGCUUGGAGUUUUAUCUGUAGAAAGAGCAGUUCCAUUUGUUCAUCAUUUGUGUAGUGAUGUUUAGGUGAUAAAGUCUUUCGCCGAUGUUUUUUGAGAUUUGUACAAUUUCCCCCUUUCUUGUACAGAUUAUGUCGUAUUUUUACUUGUAAAUAAUAUGUCAGAUUAAAAUGUUUAUAGUUUGUUCUA